GUUACGUGGUAAACGCAGUUACCCCGCAGAGUUGCCAGUGGUGUCCGGUCAGGGUCAGGCUCUCUUCAUUUUAACACUAACUGGAACCUCAGCUUGGACUUGGCGACUGACCUGGGUCUAUCUGAGGUUGUUUUUAGGCUGAGCCGUCCCACAUUUUGGAUAGAGGGUGUUGUGCUGGGGGUGGGGGGUGAGCCACGUGUACAGGAACUGGACCCAGAGGAACCAGCGAAGGUCCGUUCGACUAGGAAGUCCCUGCUGCUAUUAACCACAGCUAGCUGGUAAUCAUGGCUAUUUGGAGGAAACUGUGGUGCAGAAACCUCCUGGCUAUGUCUCUGCUUUUCUGCGUGCUGCUCCACACCAUCAACGUAAACGCACGGCCGGCCAACAUGUCGGCCUCUAAAGAGAAGCCUCCAGCAAGCAAAGACGAGAACGAGAUUCUUCCCCCAGACCACCUGAACGGGGUGAAGUUGGAGCUGGAUGGCCACCUCAACAAGGACUUCCAUCAGGAGGUGUUUCUGGGGAAGGAGAUUGAGGAGUUUGAGGAGGACUCGGAGCCAAGGAGGAACAGAAAGAAGCUUAUUGAAAUUUUUACCAAAGUUGACUUCAAUAGGGACAGGAGCGUGAGCGCCAAGGAGAUGCAGCGCUGGAUUAUGGAGAAGACGGAGGAGCACUUUCAGGAGGCCAAGAAGGAGAACAGGAACAGUUUCCGUGCUGUUGAUCCAGACGGCGAUGGUCAUGUGACAUGGGAUGAAUACAGAGUGAAGUUUCUGGCCAGCAAAGGUUUCAAUGAGAAGGAGAUUGCUGAGAAAAUAAAGAAUAAUGAAGAUCUGAAACUUGAUGAGGAAACUCAGGAGGUCCUGGAAAGCCUGAAGGACCGCUGGUUUCAGGCUGAUAACCCCCCAGCUGACCAGCUGCUAAAUGAGGAGGAGUUCUUGUCCUUCCUCCACCCUGAGCACAGCAGAGGCAUGCUCAAGUACAUGGUCAAGGAAAUUGUGCGUGACUUAGACCAGGACGGUGAUAAGAGGCUGACCCUGUCAGAGUUCAUCUCUUUGCCCGUGGGCACCGUGGAGAACCAGCAGGCUGUAGACAUUGAAGAUGAGUGGGUGCGAGAGAGGAAGAAGGAGUUUGAGGAUGUCAUCGAUUCAAACCGCGAUGGCAUUGUAACCAUGGAAGAGCUGGAGGAGUACAUGGACCCGAUGAAUGAGCACAACGCUUUGAAUGAAGCCAAACAGAUGAUCGCCGUCGCAGACGAGAACCAGAACCAUAACUUGGAGCUGGACGAGAUCCUGAAGUACAGCGAGUACUUCACGGGGAGCAAGCUCAUGGAUUACGCCAGAAACGUGCAUGAGGAGUUCUGAAAACAGAUCCUGCUUCAGGGACAAAUCUGGAAGAUGGGCAUCGUGAUGAUCAAGAUGUUCUAGUGUGCAAUUCUGUAUUUAAAAAGCCUAGCAUCAGCAGCCCCUGUCACUGCUGAGUCCAGUUAAUACACCCCUCCUUCAGCCCUGGACCAGUGAAGCUAACAGUCUGCCUUUUGCGUGCCAUUGGACUGUUUGAAAUGUUUUCCAUAAAUUUAAAGGCACUGCACCAAUCCAAAUUUAUUUUUGCUAAAUAGUGAAAUGUGUGUAUAUGAGGAAUUUUCAUAGCUGGUGCAGAGGUGAGAGAGACUGGGCAGCCAGGCGAGCUGUUUUUCUGCAGGAUCAGUUGUCUGUAUACAGUGUAAAUAUUCACAUUUAUCACACACGAAUGCCUCCGUCAGUGGGAAAGAUGAUGGUGCUGAAAGGUGCGACCCUUAGAGAGACACUAAUGCAUUAAAAAGAGCAUAUUAGUGCCACGAGGUAUAUCACAUAAUUCCCCAAACCUAAGAUUUCAUUUGUAGUGCUGUACAGUUCCACCGCUUUCCACAAUAGGUGGUAUCCGUCCUUCCACGUUAUUUAAAAACAGGGUAUUUGUGUAUUUAAGAAUCAAUAAUAAGAAGUGUAACUUUUAAAGCAGCCUCAAAAUAUUGUGAUGGUAAAAAAAUAUAUAUAUAUUUCUCAGUUUGGAGAAAAGAUUAAUAUAUGAGAAUAUUUUGAAGGAAAAUCAAAAGUUAGCAGCACCUAAACAUCUUGUUUCACCUGUGUGUGUGUGUGUGUGUGUGUCUGGUUUUAAAUCUUCACUCCAAGCAGUCUAAUUCAUACUUAACAUUAAGAUGUCAAUGAAGAACAGUUUGUUUUUUCUGACCCCCUGCAUCUUUGAACAUACAGGUGUUCACUUAGUCCUGAUGUCCUUGUCUUGGUUUGCUCGUCGUCAUAUUUACCUGCUAAAUCUUUAAAUGCUCACGGUCAAUCCUUACGAUUGAUUCCAGUUGCAUGGACAGUUAUCAGUUAAUGAUUUUCGCUGCAUUUUUUUUCAGUAACCUGUGGAGUGUUGGGAUCCUGCUGCAGUCUUUUCUGUCCUUGGUGUGAUUGUAAAAAUAAGAUAAGAGAAUGUGACACAGCUUUAUAAAAUGUACUGCAAAAUUACCGUAAAACAAUAAAUAUUUCUUAUUGA